CUUUGUCUUCAUAGAUCCACAUGCGGCCAUGUUUUGGCCUUUGCUGUCUCGGUUUUUCCACAGAACAUCUUCAGCAACUUCCCCUUCUUCUCCCUUCUUCUCUCGUCUGUUGCCCGUUUCCUCUUUUCGUGCCGAGCUCCCCUUCCUCCUCUCUUCUUCGGCCUGCUAAAGGAGAAGUAGGAGAUCUUGGCCAUGCCAGACACAGUUGUGCCUUUAGAUCAUAAUCCAUUCAGAGAACACGUUCUUCAGCCGGGGCUAUCUAGCACUACAGCUACAUUUUCACCUAGACCUGGGACAACGAGAGGUCCGCGGCCUGCGGGGGGAUGACAUGCAUGUGUCCAGGCUUUUAACAUCGUUGAGGAUUGUAAGACUAGUUGGCUGCCCUCCGCCGAGCCAUGAUGGACAUUCUGUACACAGGCCCUGUCCCGGCAGACCGCGAGUCUCCGAUGGCGCGGAGCGAGACGUCCCCGAGCCGGGCGCAGCACUCCUCCCCCACGCAACGCCCCAACGCCUGCUGCUUCUGCUGGUGCUGCUGCUGUAGCUGCUCAUGGAGAGAAGAUGAGAACCGUGGUAGGAUGAAACUCCCGGAGACAAAGCUGGAGACCAUACCAAACUGUGAAGCUUGCACCAAACCGACGGUGGAGGAGAUGAAGCAGUGGGCUCAGUCUUUCGAUAAGCUGAUGAAGAACCCAGCGGGGCGGAACGUGUUUCGCGAGUUUCUGCGGACGGAGUACAGCGAGGAGAACAUGCUCUUCUGGCUGGCCUGCGAGGACCUGAAGAAGGAGAUCAACAAGAGCUCCAUCGAGGAGAAGGCGCGCGUGAUCUACGAAGACUACAUCUCUAUACUCUCGCCUAAAGAGGUGAGUCUGGACGCGCGGGUGCGGGAGGUGAUCAACAGGAAGAUGCAGGAGCCGACUCCGCACACGUUCGAGGACGCGCAGCUGCAGAUCUACACGCUCAUGCACAGAGACUCCUACCCACGCUUCCUCAACUCCUCCAUAUACAGAUCGCUGGUGCAGGGGGGCUCGCGCUCCUCCUCCGAGUCCUAGACCAUCACCCCCCACCCCACCCAACACCGACCUAUUUCACUGGCCUCUCUCUCUCUCUCGCUCUCUGUUCUCAUCCCUCCAUCCCAACACACCUCCUCCCAUCGCACAACCACUAAAGGAGAAAGGAGAAAGCACACGCUGGUUUAACGGGAUU